UCGGAAAUUCGAGAAAAUCGAACUGAUUGUUCGCUUGGAAAAUAUACACUUGCGACAAAAGUAAGUAAACGAAAUGGGCGACAAUUUUGGUAUUCAUCGUGGACCUGCUAAAAAGAACGCCGAACCCGCUGAAGAUCGUACGCAGGGACAGAUUUUGAGCGAUUUUCUGGCUCAGCUGGAAGACUACUCUCCGACGAUCCCGGAUCCCGUGACAGGCCACUACUUGAACUCUGCCGGAUUCGAAAGUUCCGAUCCGAGAAUCGUACGCCUCAUCUCUAUCGCUGCACAGAAAUUCAUCUCGGACGUGGCAAAUGAUGCACUGCAACACUGCAAGACACGCACGAACAGUGCCCCGACAUCCGGCCACGGUUCGUCGAAGAAUCAAAACCAAAAGUCGUCCAAGGACCGCAAGUACACGCUCACCAUGGAGGAUUUGCAGCCAGCGCUGAACGAUUACGGCAUUACCGUCCGCAAGGCACACUAUUUUGUUUAGUGGCAUUUUCGAAAAGUUCUCUCUUUUCAAUUAAUGUUGUUACGAAAAGUGAUCAAAUAGGAACUACGUGUCGCCGUUCCCCAUAUAAUAUUCCGAACAAUAUUCGUCUAAAUAAAGGGCAAUU